UAGCUAGCAGAACGGAAGACAAGGGCAGAUUAGCCACUCGUCGCCUGAUCCUCACAAGGCAUCCUGAUCUCUUUCCGCAAAACGUACGUUUCCUUUUCCAGCAAAUCACAGGGAUCUGGGCCUGGUCGGGUGUCUGUAGUAUAUCCCUCGCGUCCGACUUAUUGAAUCGAACGAGAAGUUCUUCUUUGAGUUGAGUAAUCCCAAUACUGAUGCCCAGAAGCUCUUUUCGGUCAUAAGAGAAGGUAGCAGCAACAUUAUGUACAAAACAAGUUACGAACAACGCGAAAAAAGGAAAUAAAAUAGCAUGGUUGGUUAAGAGCCGAUAAGACGGCAGCCCGACCCUGAGUUGGAUGUGCUGAGAAAAUAUACAAUGUAGGCCGCCUGUCAGUAUUUGUCAUCAUAUUGAGAAAAUAAGAUGUCCACAUAAGCCUAUCACAGGAUAUAUGAGUCAAUAUCCGGCCAAACCAUGAAUGAUAUCUGGAGGGAAUCCAAAAACGAUUUGUGCAUAAUGAAAACUGCUAAAAACUGAACCACGAAACCAAAAUUGUAUAGUGUCGAGUUUACGUACAGUUUGAAAACAACUGUAUAAAUUGACAUCAAUUUAAUUUAGGUUGGAAGCUAAAACCAAGUAAUUCAUGGAUUUGACUGUAAAUACUACACCACUCUUCUUCAGCCAGUGUACUUCUAUACAGUAGGGCAAAGUGGGUCACUGUGCUACCAUUUGAAAUGAUGGUGUGGUGUACAAAUCACUGCUAAAAUACUUGGGUGUUAAAUUAGUUUAUUCCACUCAUUAUCUGAAUGUUGUUGAUUUUUAGUUACAGUAGUAAGACAUAGACAAUUGGAUCUUGAGCAAUGUUACAUGGGCCAGAAAUUGCACCAGGCUACACCCAUACCUUUUUACUGUAGGUUUCUACUACAUGCCACAAUACCCCCAUAUCUGAUGGUUUCUUCUAUGUAUGUACUGUGUAAGGAUACUGAAACUAUGAGACUGACAUUUUUCUCAACAUGCUCCAAGUGGGAUAACUAGCAGCAAUAGUUCUGGUGUUUAGUUUUUUUUAUCACUGGUUAUUUGAACAAACCAUGAUUUAGCAGGUGUUACCAUCUUUCACAUUUCGGAAAGGGAGGUGACAUUUGGCCCUUAUCAAGAGGGAGGAACUCCACAUUCUGGUUCUGCUCCUCGUUCUAGCAUCUCCUAAUCUCUUAACUCGGGUGAAAGAUGUGUUCAACUCCAAUAAAUGCUCAAUCAAGGUUCUGAACAUAAAAUGGGGCAUUCCAAGUGUCAUCAGUUUUGGCAUUUUGUACUAAGAGUCAAAAAAUAUAUAUAAACCACUUCCAUUUGAAAAAUGUGCCAAAGUGAUUUGAAAAAAAUAUGUACAUUUGUGGAAAGUAGUGAACGAUUGCACACUUCAGGAGAAAUGGGGUAUUAUAAGGAUGCAGCAAUCAAUCAGAGAUUUAGACUAAAGUCAUCACAUUUUUUGGUCUAAUGAUAUUCUAUGUACAAUACUUCCUGUGGUCACCAGGACAGAGCUAGUCCGUCCUCCUCCACCCUGCCAGAGUCCCCUGGUCACAACUCUCCUGGUAGCUCCUUACUGCUGGGUCUGAAGAGGGUGUUUGUGCGGCUGGUCGACUGCAGGAAAACACCAGGGCAGAGUGGAACUGUGAGAGAAGGACACGAGGAGGGAGAUUUGAUUUCAUCAAGGGACUCUCCUCCUCUCAGUGGGAGGGACUUAUCAUCUGGGGAGCUUCAACUACAACAUGUUGCUGACGAGGCAGAGAAGAGUGUCUCCCAAUCAGAACACCUCAAACACCAGCACAGACAUACAGGGAAGAAAUCUCACCACAGCUGCUCUGACUGUGGGAAGAGUUUCACUACACGGAGGUCCUUCAUAAUUCACCUGCGUAUUCACACCGGAGAGAAGCCUUAUCACUGUUAUCAGUGUGGAAAGAGCUUCAAUCAGUCAGGCAACCUGACAACACACCAGGUAACACACACUGGAGAGAAGCCUUAUAGCUGUGAUCAGUGUGGGAAGAGCUUUGCUCGGUCUGGACAGCUGACUACACACCGGGUAACACACACUGGAGAGAAGCCUUAUAGCUGUGUUCAGUGUGGAAAGAGCUUUAAUCAGGCAGGCAACCUGACAGCACACCAGCUAACACAUACUGGAGAGAAGCCUUACAGCUGUGAUCAGUGUGGGAAGAGCUUCAAUCACUCAGGCAACCUGACAGCACACCAGGUAACACACACUGGAGAGAAGGCUUAUAGCUGUGAUCAAUGUGGGAAGAGGUUUGCUCACGCUUCCAACCUAACUAGACACCAGGUAACACACACAGAAGAGAAGCCUUACAGCUGUGAUCAAUGUGGGAAGAGGUUUGCUCAAGCUUCCAACCUAACUAGACAUCAGGUAACACACACAGAAGAAAAGCCUUACAGCUGUGAUCAAUGUGGGAAGAGGUUUGCUACAUAUUACACAUUCAAAUAUCAUCUGAGAAUUCAUACAGGGGAGAAGCCUUACCCCUGCCUUGAUUGUGGGAAAAACUUUGCGAGUGCAGGAUCCCUAACCAUACACCAGAGUGUACACACUGGAGAGAAGCCUUAUAGCUGUCAUCAGUGUGGGAAGAGCUUUGCUGUAGCUAACACCCUGAUUAUACACCAGCGCAUACACACUGGAGAGAAGCCUUAUAGCUGUAAUCUGUGUGGAAAGAGCUUUGCUGUGGUUUCCACCUUGAAUAAACAUCAGCGCAUACACACUGGAGAGAAGCCAUAUAGCUGUGAUCAGUGUGGGAAGAGCUUUGCUCUAUCAGAUAAACUAACUAUACACCAGCGAACACACACAGGAGAGAGGCCUUAUAGCUGUGAUCAGUGUGGAAAGAGCUUUGCUCGAGCUUCCACCCUGAAUUCACACCAGCGAACACACACUGGAGAGAAGCCUUAUAGCUGUGAUCAGUGUGGAAAGAGCUUUGCUGAGUUAGGGACCCUGAAUUCACACCAGCGAACACACACUGGAGAGAAACCCUAUGUCUGUCUAUGUGGAAAGAGUUUUUCUCUUUUAGGGCAAAUAAAAAAACACCAGAAAUCAAAAACGUGCCAUAUUUCAUCUCCAUCCUAUACCCGACAGUGGUUAUAGAUCCCUAAAUGAAAGGCUCUAUAGAAAACAUAUCCAUCUCCCAUUCUUAAACAGUUGACUUAGUCUGAUCACCAUGGUAACCUCUGUGCAGCAUAAUAUGCAGCUCUGAUCUAGGAUCAGGUCUCCCCUGUGUCUAUGUAAUAUUCACACAUUGGGAUCUAAAUGGAUAAAUGUUAUCAUAGAAAAUGUCAUAUUGUGUGUGUGGGGGGGGGGGGGGGGGGUGAUGUUGAUAAUUGUAUCGUCUUUCAUAUACUCAUGAUACUAUUAUUAAAUCUCAUUAUGUAUAAUGUUUCAACAAUAGGUGUAUAUUCAUGUAUUCAAUUAAUCAAUAAAUUCAAUCCAAUAUCUUAUAAACAA